UCUUGGAGCUUGGACUCGGCGAGUUUUGCCAUAACUCGCCUGACUCGAGUUAUGGUCAAAACUCAUCGAGCUUGGCUUGACUCGCCAACUCGGCAAACUCCCCUGACUCGCGGCGAGUUUGGGAACUCUGCCAGGAACACACCUGGAGCACAACCAUCAUUAGAGGCCACUGGAUGGAAUAAGGAGGUACAUGAGAAAACUGACAUUGCAGUAGUUGAUUUUUGGUACUUCAACAACAUUGCAUUCAAUGUGGCUGAGAAUGCUUAUUGGCUGAAUUUGGUGACUGCUAUGACAGUUUCAGGAAAGGGGUACAAGGCCCCUUCUCGCAGGGAUUUGAGUGGGAGGUUGCUCACAAAUGCAGUUGCUAGGGCAAGAGAAGUGAUGGAGGAUCAAAAAAUUGAAUGGGCAAAUUAUGGCUGCACCAUUCUUUCUGAUGGGUGGACAGAUGGCAAGAACCGCACCAUCAUCAAUUUUUUGGUUGCUUGCAAGGAGAAUGUAGUGUUCUUGAAAUCUGUUGAUGCCUCCAGCAAGGUGAAAAAUGCAGAAACAUUGGCUGGAAUGUUGGAGCAUGUCGUCAUUGAGGUGGGGGUAGGGAAUGUGGUGCAAAUCAUCACAGAUAAUGCAACAACAUAUGUGUCAGCAGGUAGAAUCUUUUUAAAUUAUCACCUUUAGGCAUUAGCAAUAUUUUCAUUUGUUGUGGCUUUGUUUUACUUGGUUGCAUAUUUCUUAAGAAUAAAUUCUUCUUUUGCAGGAAGAAUCCUCCAAGAGAGGCACCCCACUCUUUUUUGGACAC